AACAGCGCUAUGCUGGGACAGAGCAUCUGGAGGGUUGCAGUCUCUGUGGUCCAUAGGAGCCACUAUCAGGAAGGCCCAGGGAAUAAUUUGCCAUUUCAGUGGAAAACAAGCAGAGUUAUGAUGACCAUGUACUUUGGAUCGGGAUUUGCCAUAGCGAUGUUCCUUGUAAGACACCAACUGCUUAAGAAAUAA